AUUCUUUCGAUUAGUAUUGUGGGUGUUUGUGGGGUGGGGAUGUGGUUUUUUCGACGGUUGUAAAGUCGUAAUUGAAACAGGAAAAGGGGUUUAGGAAUUAAAUGAUCAAUUUUUCAAAAAGAAUUUUUGGAACUUUAAAUGCUUUGAUUUGAUCAUGAUUUUUCCAGUGUAUGAAUGUUUGUUGUUCAAUUGGGUAUGCAGAUUAAGGUCGAAAAGCCAUGGAAGAGAUGCCGGGUUCAGCAACGGCAAUAAAUUCUUCCAAUAUUGGAUUUCAGCUAUUGAAGAAACAAGGUUGGAAAGAAGGGACUGGUCUUGGAGUAUCUGAGCAGGGUAGAUUAGAACCCGUGGAAACUUAUGUAAAAAAUAAUAAACGAGGUUUGGGAGCAGAUAAAGUGAAGAAAAAGGCCGUGAAAGUGAAACCGGAUCAUAGCGAUUCCUCUAAAGAGACCAGUCAACAGGAUCAUUUACCUCAAAAGAAAAGCAAAACUUUGUCUAAACGGAUGAGAAAGAUGCAGGAGUUGGAGAAGAAAAUGCAAGAGAAGGAGUUUGAACGAGCUUUUUUCAGAGAGUUCUGGCCAGAAAAUGUAUAAAAGAGAAUCAAGUAGUCUAUAUUCUGUCAGAAGUAGAGAAGAUUUCAGAACUCGUGCAAAUUGGAUCUCCGGGGUGUUUUUUCCAGGAUACAGAAGUUAUGAAAGGCCAUUGCGAAAUGUAGGAAUUAUGUGCAAAUAUUAUUCACAUUAUCUUGUGUUAUAUGUAAAAGGGUAGGGGGGAAAACAUUGUAUUACUAUUUCGUUUUUUUACAAAGUGAAUAUGUAAAGAGAGAUGAACAUUUUUUUUUACGAAACAUCCAAUUUGUUAAUAAAAAUCUGAAGAAAUAAAAAA